CUCCGCCCCUCCCCGCUGACGUCCGGGAAUUCAUUACCAUCCACCACCUCCCCCUACAGUCUGUACCAGGACUAACCCACCAAAUCCUCCCCUGACACACACGCACGUGAUGGACACCGAAGCCUUCCUAACCGCCUCCUACGCGCGCAUCCGGGCGCGCGCCGCCGUCACCCCGGGGACAUCGGUGCCGACGCUGCCGACAGCAGCGCAGCUAACGCAGGCGCGGGCGUCGCUGCCGGGGCGGGGCGAGGAGGCGACGGCGCUGGCACAGGGGCGCGGCCCUGCCGCCACAGUCGGCCAUCUCGUCGACGACAUCGCGCCGGCGCUCGCGGGCCAUAACCGCAGCGGGCGCUACUUCGGGUUCGUGACGGGGUCGUGUCUGCCGAUCGCCGAGGCCGCCGACAAUCUUGUCUCCGCGCUCGACCAGAACGUCCAAGUGCACCUGCCGGGCCAGUCCGCGGCCACCGACGUCGAGGACGCAGCUCUACGCUUGCUCAUCCGCCUCCUGCGCCUCGACGAGGACCCGGCUAUCACCUGGGAGGGCCGCACGUUCACGACCGGCGCCACGGCCAGCAACAUCCUCGGGCUCGCGUGCGGCCGCGAGGCCGUGGUCGCCGCGCGGCUGCCGGCGGGCUCCCCCUCUGUGGGCGAGCUAGGGCUGCUAGGGGCGUGCGCGGCGGCGGGGGUGCGGUCGAUCGAGGUGCUGACGAGCCUGGGGCACAGCUCUCUGGCGAAGGCGGCGGCGGUGGUGGGGGUGGGGCGGGCGAGCGUGCGGGAGCUGCCGCGCAGCGCGGCGGAGCCGUGGGGGCUGGACCUGGAGGGGGUGGAGGCGGCGCUGGCGGCGGGGGCGGCGGCGGGGGUCGCGGCCGUGAUCGCGGUCAGCGCCGGCGAGGUCAACACCGGCCGCUUCGCCACACGCGGCGGCGCCGACAUGCGCCGCCUGCGCGCCCUCGCCGACCGCUACCGCGCCUGGGUCCACGUUGACGGCGCCUUCGGCAUCUUCGCCCGCGCCCUCCCCGACACCCCCGAGUUCGCCGCCCUGCGCGCCGCCGCCGGCGGCCUCGAGCUCGCCGACAGCAUCACCGUCGACGGCCACAAGCUGCUCAACGUCCCCUACGACACCGGUAUCUUCUUCACGCGCAAGUCCGCGACGCUGCACGCGGUAUUCCAGAACCCGAACGCGGCGUACCUGGCCGCUCCCUCAGACACCGCGGCGAUCCCGAGCCCGCUCAACAUCGGGAUCGAGAACUCGCGGCGCUUCCGGGCGCUACCAGCGUACGCGGUGCUGGUGAGCGAGGGGGCGGCGGGGGUGGGCGCGAUGCUGGCGCGGGGCGUGCGCGCGGCGCGGGGGAUCGCGGCGGCUGUGCUGCGCGACCUCGCGGCCGACUACGAGCUGCUGCCGGCUGCUGCCGACGACGGCGAUGACGACGCCCGCGUCGCCGCCACCCAUGUCGUCGUGCUCCUGCGCGCGCGCGACCCCGGCCUCAACGCCGACCUCGCCGCCCGCGUCCAGGCCGGAGCAGAGUGGUACGCCAGCGCCACGCGCUGGGCCGGCGCGCCCGCCUGCCGCGUCGCCGUCGCUAGCUGGCGCGUCGACCCCGUCGCCGACGUCGCGCUCGUCCGCGACGGGCUCGCGCGCAUCGCCCGCGAGUGGAGGGCUGAGAAGGACGCUGCGGCGGCGGGGAAUUGAGGGGACGAGAGGGGCGGGCGGGGUAGGUAAAACGCGGAUAAGGACGAUGGAGAAGAAGCAAUGAGUAGGAAACACGGGGUGGAUGUAGUUAGGCAGCGGCCAUAGCGCCGUUGCAGGUCUCUCCUCACGAGGGAGACGGGGCUACGGCUCUUGAUAGGUAUAUCUUGUCUUCGUGGUUCAUUACGGAA